CUGUGAACACUGGUAAUUGCAAGUCUCCUGUGUAGUUGUGAAGUUGUGUGCAAAAACACAUAAUGAGUGUUGACACGAGUGACGAAUUUACGUCAAGUGAAAAAGAUUUCGAUUUGUGUGAUUCGUCGCAAUCUGCUGUCNAUCACGAAAGCAUGCUAUGCACGUGGUCUCAUCUUUGCGAUUUUUUUAAAUUUGAUACUCACGAUAAAAAAACCGGAAAAUUGUCAUUUCUGUGCAUCUUGUGUAAACCCGCAAAAAAAUAUAUAUCGGCGUCAGUGUCUUCAAACUCAAAUUUGAGAACGCACAUCAAACAAACGCCUAUAACUCGCAAAACUCUCAUGAUGCAUAUCGAUAAAACGUUCGAAAAAAUGAAAAUAGACCUGAUCGAAGAGCUAAAAAAAGAAGAUUGGGUGUGUGUAACAGCAGAUUGCUGGACAGCAUUUAAAAGAUCCUACUUGGGGAUGACAGUACAUUGGUUGGAUCAUGAUAGUCUAGAGAGAAAGUCAAAAGGUCUUGCGUGCCGUUGACUUCAAGGAAGACAUACAUACGAUGUUCUUGCAAGGACAAUUGAAUUGAUAUUAAUUGAAUUUAAUAUUCAAGAUAAGACAAGAUGUGUUGUAACGGAUAAUGCUAGAAAUUUUGAAAAAGC